UCAUUGAGGGUUUUGAACAUAUAGAAAACAGUUUGGAGACCCAUUACCAUUACACACACAAUUAUACAAAAUGAUGGGAUUUGCACCUCCUAAAAUAACUGGUAUUCCGUUGCCGGAGACGCCCAAGAAAGAAGGAAGCUACAAACUUGACUCGUCGUCCUUCGACGACAAAUCCAUAAUCCCUAAAUAUUUUGCUUUGCAAAACUAUAGUCCAAGACAUCCCCAGCCAAGAACUGCACCAUUUCUACAGAAUAGACAUGAAAGUGGAUACCUUGAAUUCAAUGGCGAACACAGCCUCCUCAGUCCAUUUUCAAAAUUCGAAUCCGAGAUCUCCGAAUCCGACCCGAAACUCAUCCACAUAAGAUGUACGGACAACAACAAAUAUUGGGUUCGCAAAUCAUCCGACUCCAACCACAUUGUACCCACUGCCACCAAGAAAGAAGACAACCGAUCCAAGUCGUCGUGCACUUUGUUCCAGCCAAUCUACGAUGCCAAACAUAAGGCUUACUGCUUUCGGCACGUGCAGCUCGGUUACGAAUUGUUUCGUGAUAAGACCAACCGGUUAUUGGCUAGGGAGACUGGUAAACCAGAUUCUGAAAGGGAGGAUGCAUAUGGUGUAUUCACCAAAGUUAUUGAUUGGAAUUCGUUAUGUGUGUUCCCAAAACGUGUGACCUUAAAAGGCUUCAAUGGCAGGUACUUGAGAUAUGAGGGUAAGUAUUUGCAAGUAACUGGAGUGAAUAAUCAUCCAUCUCUUAUCCACGAGAUCUACCCUCAGAAGGAUGGAAAUCUUAAAAUCAAGAAUCUUGACUCCGGAAGGUUCUGGAUCUAUGAUCCUGAUUGGAUAGUCGCUACGGCUGGAGAUGGAAAUAGAGACGAUCCGAAAUUAUUGUUUCGACCUGUGAGCCUUCACGACAACGUCGUGUUUUUUCACAGCUUAGGAAACACUGCCAUCUGCGCCAUUAUAUCCGUGGAUAACAAGGAAAAUUGUUUGAAUGCUACUGAAUCAGAUCCUACUGAAGAAACCCAAUUUAAAGUUUCAGAAGAUUAUGUACUACAAAGAAGAAAAAUAGACAAGAUGCAGUAUAAGCUUGAAAAUGGAAGGAUUUAUGGGGAGAGAGUUUGGUCAGUGGCCAAAGGAUAUGCCAUUAACAAAACCGAAAAACCUGAUAAAAUCAAAUUCACUUUCUCUUUUGAAGACAAAAGGAACAAGAAAUGGACCAGCAUAUUUGCCAAACAAUUUGAAGCCACCAAGAUUUUUAAUGCUGAGUUUCCUUCGAUAAAAGACGGGGAAGUUAUUAAAGGAAAUACUAUUGGUGGACCAUACACAUGGAGAGAAACUGAUGAUAAAGAUAAAAUUUUGAUGUCUUGUAAUAGCACCAUCACUGUACCUCCCAAGUCGAAAGUGAAGGUUAAUGUCGUCGUCAAACGGGGGUUUUGCGAAGUCCCUUUUUCGUAUACUCAAAUCGAGACUAGUCUAGAGGGACGAAACAAUACACAGUCAUACAACGAUGGAGUUUUCACCGGAGUUAAUUCGUACCAAUUCCAGAUAACGACUGAUAAGGUAGCAUUGCCUGUCUGAAUAAAAGGUAAAUUAUUGGCAUUGUUUUGUGUGUUUUAUUCUGGUAUGUGUGGUAAUAAAGAAUAAUGUGGUUCAACCACGUAUAUGACCACACACCUUUUCUAUCCUUCAUUUACUUUUGAAGUUUGUCAAUUGUGUGUUCUUAUGUUUGGAGUGUGUUUGUGAUUGUUGUGUUACAUUUGAAGUUUAAUUAAUUAUAUGAUCAAUUCAUACUUUUCUAUUUGCUCA